GCCUAGUUUGGUAAUUUCCUGCAGCAUCGCUGAGACACACACACACAAAAAAAAAAAAAAUCAAAGUUUGAACUUGGACAGUAUCAACAAAAUGGUCUCUCGUGCAUGAAGUGAAACUUAAUGUAAACUUGGGAUUAGUCGAUUGAUCCGUUCUGCAGGACUACGAUUAGGAAUUUACAGAGAAUUAUGGAGAGCUAUGUUUUCAUCCGAGUAGUGGGGAAGGGGAGUUAUGGGGAGGUGAACCUGGUGCAACACAAAUCUGACCGCAAACAGUACGUCAUCAAGAAGCUGAACCUGAGAACAUCGUCGAAACGAGAGCGUCGGGCAGCUGAACAGGAAGCACAGCUCCUGUCCCAGCUCAAACAUCCCAACAUUGUCACCUACCGGGAAUCAUGGGAAGGAGCGGACUAUCAGCUUUACAUAGUUAUGCGUUUCUGUGAGGGAGGAGAUCUGUAUCACAGGCUGAAGCAGCAGAAGGGUGAGCUGCUGCCUGAGAGACAGGUGGUGGAGUGGUUUGUCCAGAUCGCCAUGGCACUUCAGUAUUUACACGAGAAACACAUCUUGCACCGAGAUCUGAAAACGCAGAACAUCUUCCUGACCAAGACUAACAUAAUCAAAGUGGGUGAUCUCGGCAUCGCGCGGGUUCUGGAGAAUCAGAACGACAUGGCUAGCACCUUGAUCGGAACGCCGUACUACAUGAGUCCCGAGCUGUUCUCCAACAAACCGUACAACUACAAGUCGGAUGUUUGGGCUCUGGGCUGCUGUGUGUACGAGAUGGCAACUCUGAAACAUGCCUUCAACGCAAAGGACAUGAACUCGCUCGUGUACCGCAUCGUCGAGGGAAAGUUGCCUCAGAUGCCAAGUCAGUAUGAUCCUCAGCUCGGAGAGCUGAUCAAGCGCAUGCUGUGUAAGAGGCCAGACGACAGACCUGAUGUCAAACACGUUCUGCGGCAGCCCUACAUCAAACAGCAGAUCGCCGUCUUUUUGGAGACCACAAAAGAGAAAACUGCCAAAUCCCGAAAGAAGGUGAACAACGAGCCAAACAGAGACUUGCCCGCCAAAGCGCCCGUCCUUCAAAAGCAGGAGUCACAGUGUGUCAAAUCGGAGAUGAAAUGCAAAGAAAACAGGAAGCGGCACUCUAUGGGACAUGGAGAAGACACAGAAGGGUUAGAAGAAAACCAUUCCAAUCAAUCCAAACAUCAUAACGGCAUCAAAGACGACAAUAUUCUCCCAAACUCCCCGAGUCAGGACGUCCUGAACGCAACAGGUCAGAACAUGGCGACCAUCAGCAACAUCGACAUCGAGGUCCAACCUCAGGAGCACAGAGACAAGCUCCAGAAAGCAAAACCUCCUCGACCUGCACCUUCAGCUGCCAAACAGACAGAGAGAGAUGAGAAAAAGAAAGAGGAUACCGCCCUUCCUCAGCCACACCCCAGAAAACAAGUAUCAGGUGUCCUUCUCAGAAAGGAAGAACACUCGCUCAUUUCACAGGGUUCAAGUGGAAAGGUACUGCCAAAACCCACAGAAUUAACUGAACCAGAAGUAAAAGGCUGUCAUGUGCUGAACGUUAGCAUGUCUGUGGAGGAAGACACCAUGAAACUGCUGCAGCAGGCAGCCAUGCAGGACGUAAAAACCGACAAGCAGGACACUACUGAGGACAAGGAGGACCAAAAAACAGAGGCAGAGCAUCAUUUCGGAGACAGAGGGACGAGUUUGGAAUCCACCGAGAAGCUGCUUGAGCCUUAUAUUGCAGUGGAGCUGAUGGAGCCUCACAACCCAGAGCCGCAUACAGCUCCUUCAUUAAACUGCAAACCUCUUCAUCCUCCUUCCUCUUCCUCUGAGUUGUCCAUGUCCCGGCAGCGCAGACAGAGAAAUAGAGAAGCGGCCCACGAUGAGAGCAAAAUGAAAGUAGCCAGUUCCAGGCCUCUGCCUCCUCUUCCUGAAAACCCCCAAUCCGUAGGCAUAAAAAGGAGAGACGGAAGUGAAGCUGAAAUGGUUGAACACUUGACACACUCUCACUCUCAAGAACCUGUACCACAGAAUCGGCCUCUGUCAGCCCGAGAAAGGAGGCGGCUGAGGAAGUCACGAGAAAACCAGAGCGAAUCAGCAGCUCCUGCUGUCAGAAGGGCAUCCUGUGAUGUUGCCUUGUUAAACGCCAAGCACACGGACCAGCCUGAUUACCCGAGACCUGCCAGUGUACCUGCUAUAACACACAAGAAUCCUUUCAUGAUCUCUGUCCUGGAACAGGAGAGAAAAUCAUCAUGGCGUCACUCGGAUGAGGAAGAGUGCAGCUCAUCCACCAGCUCCACAGAGCGCUCUGAGGGAGACUACAAAGAGGGUAAAAGUGAAACCAACGAGAUGCAAGACCUGGUCCAGAUGAUGACACAGACAUUACGAAUGGACGCCAAAGACAUCCUGGAAAGCUCGCGGUGCAGCUCGACCAUGCUGCCCGAGUUCAAACUGAACAGGAAGUACCGAGACACGCUGAUGCUUCAUGGGAAAAGCGGAGACGGAGAUUGCGACUUCCAUCUCAGUGACUUCCGCUCAGAUGACUCUUCAGGGCCAGCGAAGAUCAGGAGAGCCGUGGAGCGUCUGCGUACAGAUGUGGUGAAAGGACUCGGAGUGAAACUGCUGGAAAAAGUCCUGGACAUCAUGCAGGAGGACGAUGAAGACAAGCGAGAGGUUUUACUCCGGCAGCAGAUGGGGGAAGAGAAAUACAAGACGUAUGCUGUUAUGGUACGGCAGCUGAAAUUCUUCGAGGAUGUUGGGUCCAAAUGCUGAGCAAACACUGAUCCUGACUCCACUGAUGAUGGAGGAUUUUCACGGUUAUAUUUUGAUGCCUUUGUAAAUAUGAACUGAUGUGAACAAUCUGCACUAUCAGCUGUAUUUAUGCAACUGAUCUAAAUGACCAGCAUUUAAUUUCUGCUGUACGAUUGUAAAGUUCAGAUAGGGCUGGGAUUCCUGAAAGCCUCUUAAAGCUAAGAGCGUCUUUAAUUAUCUCUUAAGAUCCAUCGUCAAGCUAAUGUGGUUUUCCCAAACAACAUUGCAGCCAAAGGAGGACUUUAUUUUGCUAUGAAUUUACGAAGGACCUGAAUCACUCUUUCACAACAAAGAGUGACUCGCUCACCACUGGAUACACAAAAUGCAACCCCGAGGGAUUCUCACAGCCAACAGGAGGAGACUGGUGUUGAAUCUGCUGCCGCUGUUCAGUUAUUUUUCUUGUACAUUGCAAGUACAUUGAGUUAAUUAUUAAAUAAAUAUAUGCAAAACAUUA